CAGGGAGGGUCUGUGGGCUGGUAAAGCUCCUGUGAAGCACAAAGUACUGCAAACUUCCCUGCACUGGAUUUAAACUUCCCAGACCUCUUGGGCCAUGCUGAAUUCCGUGGUGCCUGUUGAAGCAGUGAAACGUGAUGUCCAGGAAAACGAUGAGGAAGCGGUGCAAGUCAAAGAGCAGAGCAUCCUGGAGCUGGGGUCACUGCUCGCCAAGACUGGGCAGGCAGAAGAGCUGGGAGGACUCCUGAAGUACGUCCGGCCCUUCUUGAACUCCAUCAGCAAAGCCAAGGCCGCGCGCUUGGUCCGGUCCCUGCUUGACCUCUUCCUGGACAUGGAGGCAGCCACAGGACAGGAGGUUGACUUGUGUUUAGAGUGUAUUGAAUGGGCCAAAUCAGAGAAGAGGACUUUCCUACGCCAGGCUCUGGAGGCGAGGCUGGUCUCUCUCUACUUUGACACCAAGAGGUACCAGGAAGCUCUGCAGCUAGGCUCCCAGCUGCUUCGGGAGUUGAAGAAGAUGGAUGACAAGGCACUGCUGGUGGAAGUGCAGCUCUUAGAGAGCAAGACUUACCAUGCCCUGAGCAAUCUGCCAAAAGCAAGAGCAGCCUUAACCUCGGCACGUACCACGGCCAAUGCCAUCUACUGUCCCCCCAAGCUGCAGGCAGCGCUGGACAUGCAGUCAGGUAUUAUCCACGCAGCAGAAGAGAAGGACUGGAAAACAGCCUAUUCGUAUUUUUAUGAGGCAUUUGAGGGCAAUGAUUCAAUUGACAACCCCAAAGCCAUCACUGCUCUGAAAUACAUGUUGCUGUGCAAAAUCAUGCUCAACAGCCCAGAAGAUGUGCAAGCAUUAGUGAGUGGGAAGCUUGCUCUGCGGUAUGCAGGAAGACAGACAGAAGCACUAAAAUGUGUGGCACAGGCCAGCAAGAACCGGUCGCUGGCAGAUUUUGAAAAGGCUCUGACAGACUACAAGGUGGAGCUCAGGGACGACCCCAUCAUAAAUACUCACCUGGCCAAGCUCUAUGAUAAUUUAUUGGAACAGAACCUGAUCAGAGUCAUCGAACCCUUCUCCAGAGUACAGAUUGAACACAUAUCCAGCCUCAUCAAACUCUCAAAGGCUGAGGUAGAAAGGAAACUGUCACAGAUGAUCUUGGACAAGAAGUUUCAUGGAAUCCUUGACCAGGGCGAGGGUGUCCUGAUCAUCUUCGAUGAACCCCCUGUAGACAAAACUUACGAGGCUGCCCUCGAGACGAUUCAGAACAUGAGCAAAGUAGUGGAUUCGCUCUACAACAAAGCCAAGAAGUUGACAUAGAGUUGAAUUUGCUAGCUGUCAUUUGGAGAGUGUGUGUGACAGGAGAGUGAAACCUUUGGGAAAAUGUUAGGAGACUUUUUUUUUUUUCUUCUUUGUUCUACUUUUCGCUCGGAAAGUUUUUAAACUUCCUCAUCCGGUGCAUCUUGUAUUCCAGACGAUGCGUGUUCCAGUUUCCAUGUAAUAUUUACUGGCCGAACUUUGUAUCUGGGGGGGGAAUAUUGUUUAAACAAAGAGGGUAUUCUAAAUAAAAGGAAAAAGGCUUACACUA